AUGGAAGAGUCAUUGGACGGACGCGAGACCGGAGCGGGCGCUGCGGGUUUCGAUUCCGCGGCAAUUUUAAACGACGAUGUAUCUCCAACCACCAGCUUCUGUUACAACAUUCCAAAUCUUUUUAACGGACUAGGUCCUGGAUCCGUUCUAUGUGAACGCCCUGAGACUGAACCCGGUGAUGCAUAUGCAACCAACACUGAACAUACAGAAGACGCUAUCGAAACCCAUCAGUAUGAGGACGACGAAGAGUAUUCGCCUAAUUCAAAUUCAAAAAGUGAUGUUCCGAAACGAAAACAAAGAAGAUACCGGACAACGUUUUCUAACAUUCAACUGGAGCAGUUAGAGGCUGCAUUUCACAAAACUCAUUACCCUGAUGUGUUCUUCAGGGAAGAGCUUGCGAUGAGAAUAGACCUAACCGAAGCUAGGGUUCAGGUCUGGUUUCAAAAUCGUCGGGCGAAGUGGCGAAAGCAGCAGAAGGCGGGUUGCGAGCCAUAUCCAGGGCGAGGUGGAAGAUCGCCAGAUCCCAGAUCCCCAUCGUCUUUAGCGCUUGAAAUGAGAGACUUCAUUACGAUACCAGUAUCUUCUUCACAAGUAAUUAACUUAGCAGAGUCAUCAAGUUUAAGCAAUUACGGGUCUAAAACUAAACAACCAGCACCUGCAAUCCAUAUAUCAGCAUUACCAACAAGACAGAACUCACAAAUGGAUCUUCCGUCGUUCUCAAUACCCCUUCAGUAUAAUCUUGGAAGUUUUAAAAAGAUAGGCGAAGAUGCCCAUUUAGAUCUUGAAGCGUCAACAUCUGAAAAUGUUCAGGUGCCAAGUCACUGGGAUUCUCGGAUGAUUUCUAAUUAUAAUCUGAUGAACAUUAAACCUCUUCUUGAGAAUCGUGAAGGCAUCGAUAUGUCGGAGUUAAAAUAUGAAGUGAAAAAUGAAAAUGUAAAUAGAAUAAAUUUUAAUGAAAUUCCUGACACACCGAUUCCAAACACUAGCAUAGAAGCAGAAGACAUACUCGGUAAAGAAUCAGUAAGUGAAGGACAAACUAUAUCACCAGAUUUUGAAAUAGAACGAUAUCAAAAUUACAACAACGAAAAUGACAAAAGAUUUAGAGAAUCAACAUUUGACGAAUCUAUCAUUGAAGAUGGAAGAAACGACUUCGUUUGUGAUGGCGAUUUUUUGUGUAAAAAUAAUUUUGAUAAAGUCGAUGAAAAACGCAAUGAGUUUGAAGAUUGUCAUCUUUUAGAUACCGAUAAUAACGUGGGUAUGAAUAAUUUCGAAAACAAUUUAUAA